AUGUCCUCAGCAACGUUUUCCCAGACCCGUUCACAGGCGUUGAACUUGGAGAAGCAGACAGAGCUGUUGCUCUCGCAGUACUCCCGCUUCCAGGCCGCAGUCACCCCCGAGGCAGGCCCAGACGAGCUCCGGGUGCUAGCAGGCAUCAAGCAGUUAUUGGAGAAGCGAGACGACACCAUCACCAAGUUGAACCGCAUCACCGAGGCCCAGGACAUCAACGCGGUGUCGACGUCCAAGUUGCAGCAGCUCACCCGCCACAAGGAGAUCUUAAACGACCACCGCAAGUCGUACUUGAAGAUGGAAGCCGCCAUCCAGGACGAGCGCAACAAGAACAAUCUCUUGUUCUCGGUGCGCUCCGACAUCACUGCCCACAAGAAGCGUACUGAGCAGGGCGCUAGUCUCAACGCCAACGAUUAUAUCUUGGAUGAGCGGGUCCGUGUGGACAGCGCCAACUCGUUUGCCGACCGGUUGUUGCAGCAGGCCUACCACACCCGCGACGAGCUCUACAGCCAGCGUCAGUAUUUGGCUGGUGCCCAGCUGCGCAUGCUAGGGGCAGUGCAGGCGGUGCCAGGAAUCAACGUGUUGAUCUCCAAGAUCAACACCCGCAGAAAGAGAGACACCCUUAUCUUGGCCACCGUGAUCUCGGUGUGCAUCUUGUUGUUGUUUUUCUUGUGA